AUGCCUCUAAUUAAUGAAUGGCACGCAUCACUUCCCUACAUUGAUGGCGAGCCUGGGCCUCAAGCACGCGCACGAGCUGAGCAGCUGAUUUCCACCGAAUUGUCUCCCGAGAGUAGCUCUGCACUCCAUCCUUCCAUCCCUCCAUUGCCCGAAUCGCGCUUUACUGCAUUCAUCCAGCAGGAAUUAGCUCGGAAAGAGGCCGGUCUCCCAUUAACCGGCGGCAUCGACUUAUCUCGCUACGAAGCUCCAGAAGCUCCCUCAGAAACAGCAAAGAGCGAGGACGAAGCCACGCAGGCCCUCAAAAAAUGGCGUGAAACUUUGCGAAAAUCCUACACCUCCAGCUCUCAUCUCUCCAUGCGCCACACUAACCUCUCCCUCCUUGACGAGAACGGCAAAAAUGCGUGGCUUAUCGGGAACUCGCAACUAGAAGAUAUCCUGCGCAAUGUCGAGAAGGAGUUGGCUGAGGCCAAGGGGGCUGUGGAGAAUAUACACAAGGAACGCAAGGUUGCACAAGAGUCUAGUCAUGGCGAGCUUGCGAGUUUGGAAGAAACCUGGAAGAAUGGGAUUGGCGCCACGUUGGAUGUGGAAGUUGCUGCGGAGACUCUGAGGUUACAGAUUCUAGAACAGCGUCGCCAACAGGCUCAACAGUUUGCUCGGUAA